AUGUUUAAUGACGAAGCUAACAAAAUCAAGAUAAAGCCAACCGUUUUUGUUAAAACAAUUGAAGUAGCAGAAGAAGUAGCGGGUUUGGAAGAACCACUUGCACUUGUGGUAGCGGUAGCACUCGAUGCACCUGUUUCCAAGCUAGUUGUGCUGAUGCCAGUAGUGGUGGAACUAGAAUU